CUACUAUUCAAUGACCCUGUAGUCGUGAACUUGGUGGUGCAGUCAUUACUAGGUAGUACAGUCAUUCCAACAAACAAUUAUUAUGUAGCCUCGAAUGAGUGGGCAGAUGGGACUAGGUCUGACGUCGUUUAUGCGACCAAAAGCAGUCAAGUGAAAUCAAGUCUACCUAUUUUAAUUGAAUUUCAUAAAGUGUCGUUCAAUCAUGACUUUAUGAAUAGAGUAAUAGGAUAUUCACUUUCAGCAUAUCGCCGAUACAAAGCGCACCCAAUCGUCCUCAUCUUUGCCAUUAAAGGCUUUUCAAGCGUUGAAGUUGAAGAAGAGUUUGUUGUUGCCGAUGAAAAACCAUUCUUAGAAAUCGAAGCUAAAUUCUGGGCAAAGAAAUGCUUUUUGGUAUCAUCUAAGUCUAUAUCGGAACAUGUCAACGAGUUUCCAAUGAACGAACGGAAUCCAAUAGUAGUGAUGGGCCAUUUUCUGACUAGCAAUACUGUGUCUUUGACUUCACUAGAGUAUCAAUUCGAUCCUACC